GCGUGGGGGCCUGCGGACCUUUCCGGCCCACUCUGCUGCCUCCGGAAGGAGAGCACACGCGUUCCGCGGCUAGUUGCCGGGAUCCCGGACAGAUGCUCGCAAACAAGUUGGAAUUUGAAUGACCUGUGAAAUUUUUCAUGGAGAUGACUGUCUGGGAAAAGGAAACUCUAGGACAGAUUUUGAGCUAGAGCUGAUGUAAUGCAUCCCAGGGAAGCAGUGCUUGGAACUCAGGUAGCUUUAAGCAGAGCAACUUUCCUUUGAUGAUUUUCAAGAAAGCUGUGCUGUGAAGUGGCAAAGUCUCCAGGAAGCAAAAUGCCAUGGUCUCUGGGGAAACUGGUCUUUUAUUCCAGCGUGGUGGCCAGUGGGACCUGCACCCUUACAUAUUACCUGAUACAAAAGGCUUUUUCCAAGGCUUCCUAUUACCAGCAGGCAUUGGAACAGCUGCAUGGCCACCCCGAGGCCCUGGAAGCCCUGGGCACUCCCCUCAAUGUCCACUAUCUCCGCCUCACCGACAAGUACAACUUCGUGGACAUUGCUGAAGCCCAGUUGAAGAUUCCUGUCUCUGGACCCAAGUCAGAGGGCCAUCUCCAUGUCAUCUCAUCGAGAAAUGCUCCCUUUCAGAGGUGGCACCUUCAGGAGGUCUUCUUAAAGCUUGAGGAUGGUCAGCAGAUUCCCGUGUUCAAGCUCAGUGGGAACACUGGUCAUGAAGUAGAAAAGGAGUAAAGAUGAUCAGAAAGACUCUGCUUGCUCCAAACACGGCCUUACCUCAUCACCACGUGCCCUCCGUGACUGGGAGCCAGGUGUCCAGCCGCCAGGGGUGAUGGGAUGCUCUGGCAUAUGGUAAUUUUGGUAUAAUUCUAAUUUGACCACAACUACUGUGGGUUUUUUUUUUUAAUCAGAAAUGAAAAUAUUACUAUAAAUUUAAUUGAUAGUUCACUGUCUAAAAACAAAGUACAGAAUAAAAGGACUCAGUAAGAUAUUUGUUAAUUUUUGCUAGUUCUCAUCUUUCCUUUUUCCUCUCCCCUCCCCCCUCCCCAGAGUUUUUAGUUCCAUCAGUGAGAAGACCCAAGACUUACAAGCAUUGAAGAAGAGGUCUUUAAUUGUUAACAUUAGAAUGCCCUACCCUUAAUUCAUGUUGCUAAGUAGCUUGUGAACGUUGUCAGUCCCUUGGGAAUAUUUAUUUUUUUUGCUUCACUGUUAUUUUAUCUUCUUAUUUCUGUUUUAGUCACCAACGGUCUGCCUGAUGGAAGAUUUGCAAAAUAACUGCUUUAAUCCAAACAUUUUAGAAGCUUAAAAUAUUCAUAUGUGUACAUAGCACAUGCAAAACUAACUUAGGAAUGAGAGUUUAAAGCUACAGGUCCUUUUCCUUCUGUUUUACAGACAACCCCAUAUUCGAGAAGCACACCUUUAGGUUUUACCUGUUUUUAGGGAACAGUAUUAUGAAGUCAAAGAUUUUCCUUCCCUCUGAGCACCGCAGCUGAUGAAAACCAGAAAUCUGAUACCUUUGCUUUGAAAAGGCCAGUUUCACCCCUUAAUGCGGUUACAAUUGCCUACAAUAAAGGACAUUCAUGAGCUCUUUUCCUACACUCUUAAUAUUCUUUGGAGGGAAGCCUUUUAGAAAAUAUUGAGCUUAAACAUGCUGGGAGAGCAUGAGACCUUUAAUCGUUGGAAGUUAUUUCUAUUCUGGAGCUUGUUUCUUUAAAAACGUACGUUCUUUGAAUAGAGUUUAGAGUGAAAAGUGAGUCUUCCCUGAGAGCACUUUUGCCCUGUGUUUGUUGAUAGACACUAUAAUCUCUGCAGUCUUUUAAAGUAAAUGGUAACGUUGUA